UGAAUGAAGCUUGAGCUUGAUCAAUGGAGCUGAGCUGAGAUUGAGAAAAAAUGAAUACAUUUUGCUUAUAAAUUUAUUCUUUUUCAUGAGCUGUUCUCGAAUUUAUUCCAUUAUGAUGAUGAUGAAGACUUUCGGAUAGCUGCGUUCCAGUGAAACAGGACCACUUCGAGUAUCAUAGCUACCAUUUUCAUCUGCGAAAAAUCUGAUUCGAUUCAGUGCCGAUUAUUUCUUCUGAGCCAGGCCCGAGGCGCAGCCUAGUCCGCAGAUAGGAGAGAGCAAAGCCGGGUCCACCGGCCUGAGCAUCUCGUUGGUGUCCGCUCCAAAGCGGAAGCCCAAUAUCAAUUAUCAAGAUGGUGAUUUUACAGGAGGGAAAGUACACAGAUGUUGUUUUCGUCAUUGAAGGGAAUGCAUCACUUGGGGCUUAUUUCGAUGAGCUGAAAGGCAACUACAUUCUUCCUACUUUAGUGCAUUUCAAUGGUGGCCCACUCAUAGACUCAGACUUUACUGGAGAUUAUGAGAAGACUGUAUUCAGUCUUGUGGUGUUCAACAGUGUGGACUGUUUUCCGGGGCCUGCCAUCAGCUGUACAACACCAACAAGCAAUGCCAAGGAGUUUAUGAGGACACUAGAUAAAAUACUGUUCAUCGGUGGAGGUGGUGAGAGCCACAGUCUGUUGGCAGAAGGACUCGGAGGUGCGAUGCAGAUAUUUGAUCAUAUGAAGAUCAGGAGAGAAGCAAGGACCAAGAUUGAUAAAAUGUGUAUCCUGAUCACCAACUCGCCUCCGUUCUCCAUUCCUGCCAUGGAAUGCGGUCAUUACAGCGGGUAUACAGCUGAGCAGCUUGCGGUUCUUAUGGGAGAGCGCAAUGUCAACCUGUCCAUCAUGUCACCGCGUAAGCUUGGUGUCCUGCAGCGUCUCUACGACAAAUCCUGCGCAGAGCUUCAGGUGGUACCAAGCAAGGAUUACGCCAAAGACGAAAGACAUCUCAUUCUUCUCAAGGGUUUCGAGCUCCAAGAGCGUGUGCCUGAAAGCAAAGAGAGUAUUAAACAGGUGCCCGGGAAUGCAUCGCCGAGACGAACACUGCCCUCUGGUGGCAUGAAGAAUAGCCCGGGUCAAAGCCCGAACACCAAAUUCAAGGUACCUACAACACAGUCUAUUGCAAGCCAGGGUCAGGGAGGAGCACCAGGUAAGUUCUGCACUUUGUGUUGAUUUCAGUCGCUGCAAUGGCAACAUAGAAUAGUCAAUAAUUGCAGUGAGAGUGCUGCACUUGAAGUUUAUUUUAGAUACUGCAGUUGCAUACUACAUGUAUUAGCUUGCAGUAUAAAUGCUGCUGCUAUAAUUAAAAAUGUUGUCAGCUGCCUGCACAUUAUGUUAAUGGAACAACGGCCUUCUUGCUGGCAGGCGACAUUGUCACUUUUGCAUCAGUGGAUGGACAGAGUAAAAAAAAGAGGACAAGAUCUUAUUUACAUUUUUUGUGAUAAAGUGAUUAUUCUCAAACAGUGGUGUCAUGUAAGACACACAGUUUUCGAUUUGUUUUGUGUGUGAUUGACGGCUACAUUAUUCUGCAGGACUUGCAUCUUCUUGUUGCAAAUCUUGCGGCAUGUUUAAAAAAAGUACAGGGUAUUUCUAUAUUUCCCUUAAUUCUGACAGAUAAUGCAUUAAUUUUUUAUCUUUCAGUCUAUGCCAUU